AUGGCUACAUCGCUCGACCAUGUCUUGACAUCCGAGCGCCGCCGCGCGGCCACCCGCCCCGCAAUGUCGUCAAAUGAUUUGUUCUCCUACGUGCCCGGGAUGCGAUUUGCGAGUUGCAACGCGGAGAUGGCGCUCGCCAACCGUGGCUACAUCCCGCGCGCCAACCCCGACCAUUUGAGGCCAAUCUUCGAAAAGUACGCCAGCCAGGAGAAGCAGGGCAAAAAGUACAUGACGUCGGAGGACUUCAUCAGGAGGUUCCUCGGGCUGUACACGGACGGGAAUUACAACAAGGAAACGGUUCGACUGCUCGCCUCGGCCGCCGACACGACGAAAGACGGGGAUAUUUCCUUUGAGGAAUUCUGCGCGUUCGAGGCCAUUUUGUGCAGCCCUGACGCCCUUUACCUGACCGCCUUCGAGCUGUUCGACCGCAACUCGUCGGAUUCGAUCUCGUUCGACGAGUUCAAGGCCGUAAUUUGCCACACGAUGCCCCUCCACGACAUGGACUUUGACUUCGACUCCGAGUUCAUCAAGAAGUACUUUGGGAGGAACAAGCAGCGGACGAUCAGCUACUACGCCUUCACGCAGCUGCUCCACGACUUCUACGAGGAGCAGGGAGUGCAGGCUUUUAAAACGUUUGACGUGAAGGGCGACGGCACGAUCUCGUCCAUCGAUUUCCAGCACAUUAUGACCACCGUCAAGAACCAUUUGCUCACCGAUUUCGUGCGCAACAACCUGAUCGCCGUUUCCGGCGGGGGAGCUGUCGGGCACAAGGUCUCGUUCCCCUACUAUGCCGCCUUCAACAGCCUGCUCGCCAAGAUGGAGCUCAUCAAGCGAGUGUACAUCUCCCACGCGCGCGGCAACAUCGAGCUGGAGAUGUCGAAGGAGGAGUUCUUGCUGUCGACGCAGAGCUACGCGCAAAUCACUCCUUACGAGGUCGAGAUCCUCUUCCACCUGUCCGAGCUGGCGCACCCCGGCAAGAAGACGCUGUCCCUGGCUGAUAUUGAACGCAUCGACCCCGAGCGGCUGAAGCGUCACUCCCAGGUGGAGCGGCUGGUGAACAUCAAGGCCGUCGACAGCAAGGACGAGCGAGGAAUCGGCACCGCGGUGCUCGAAUCGGCGUACCGUUUCCUGAUGGGCUCAAUUGCCGGUGCGUGCGGAGCCACGGCCGUCUACCCCAUUGAUCUGGUCAAGACGAGGAUGCAAAACCAGCGAACGGGCUCGUUUGUCGGAGAGGUGAUGUACAAGAACAGCCUGGACUGCUUCAAGAAGGUCGUCAAAUUCGAGGGCCUCGUCGGCCUCUACCGCGGCCUAUUGCCCCAGAUUGUCGGCGUCGCACCGGAGAAGGCCAUCAAGCUGACGAUGAACGACUUCAUGCGCGACAAGUUCACCGAAUCGGGAAAGAUUCCGCUCUACGGCGAGAUUAUUGCCGGCGCGUGCGGUGGAGCUUCUCAGGUCGUCUUCACGAAUCCGUUGGAAAUUGUCAAAAUUCGUCUACAAGUGGCCGGCGAGAUUCAGACUCCCGGGAAUAGGGUUGGUGUCUUCACGAUUCUGCGCGAACUCGGUUUCCUCGGGUUGUACCGGGGAGCACGAGCUUGUUUCAUGAGAGACGUUCCCUUCUCGGCCAUCUACUUCCCGGCGUACGCGCAUGCCAAGUUGGCGACGGCCGAUCAGGAUGGCAUCAACAGCCCGGGCUCGUUGUUCUGCUCCGCGUUCAUCGCCGGUGUCCCCGCCGCCGGUCUCGUCACCCCGGCCGACGUCAUCAAGACGCGGCUGCAGGUGGCCGCCCGCGCCGGUCAGACGACGUACAAUGGAGUGAUUGAUUGCGCCCGCAAGAUCAUGAAAGAAGAAGGCCCAGCGGCGUUCUGGAAAGGAACGGCGGCUCGGGUCUGCCGCUCGUCCCCGCAAUUCGCCGUCACCCUGCUCGCCUACGAGGUGCUGCAGCGGUUGUUCUACAUCGAUUUCGGAGGGCACAGGCCCACUGGAUCAGAGAGCGCCAUCCAGAAGUCGUUGGCCGACGACGUCUCGCAGAACCCCGACCACAUUGGCGGCUACAGAUUGGCCGGUGCGACGUUCUCCGGCAUCGAGCACAAAUUCGGGCUGUUCCUGCCGCGAUUCGAGGUGGCCAAGAGC